AUGUCGCGUCGGGACGCCUCCGUAUAUGUUGGCCGCUUGUCAAGAAACACACGAACCCGUGAUUUGGAGGAGAUCUUUGAGCCGUACGGGCGAUUGCUUCGGUGCGAUAUCAAAUAUGGGUCUGAAAUGGCAUAUGCUUUUAUUGACUUUGAAGACAAACGAGAUGCUGAGGACUGUGUGAAAUAUGAGCAUGGUCGAAACAUCAAUGGACAGACUAUCACUGUUGAAUGGGCCAAAGGAGGGAAAGACAGACGAAUGACACCGAGGUUUGAUUCCUCCUCCCAGAGCAACGAUGAGUGUUUCCGCUGUAGACGUUCUGGGCAUUGGGCUCGAGACUGCCCAGAGGUGAGAUGGGGGCAGCCUAGAAGAGGAGGUGGUGGUGGUGGAGGAGGAGGCGGCGGUUUUGGUGGUCGACGUGGGAGGUCACCUUCUCCCAGGCGAAGGUCACGAUCUCGCGACAGGAAGAGGAGAAGUCGCAGCCAGUCCCGGGACCGCCGUAGCAGGCGCAGCUCUUCUAGAGACAGGAAGAGGAGUCGCAGUCGGUCUGGAGACAGAAAAAGAAAUAAUAGGUCCAGGAGCGGGUCCCGCAAAUCUAGGAGUGUCUCAGAUGAGAGAAAGAAAGACAGUCGCUCCAAGAGUGGCUCCAGGGAAAAGAAGCUAGCCAGCACGUCUAGGUCUCGUUCAAGGUCACCUCGGAACUCUAAGUCGAAGAGUCAUUCCAGGAGUCCCCGUCCGCCCCCUGACAACCACACCGAGCAGGAGCAUAGUGACCAUGAGAACAACAAGGAGGACGGUGACCGGGAGAAUGGUGGUGGAGCUGAUCAGGCUGGCAAUGAUGCCGGUCAUCGAUCACGAAGCGGCAGCAAGGAUUAA